CCCGCCCCGGGACUAUCAUUUGCAGGAUAAGAGGCCUCGGACUUGGAGCCUGAGUGUCCAAAGGGGCUUCUCAGAGCGGACCUCUGCUUGUACAAAGGAGUCGAGAGUUGUGGCUGAUACGGAAAAUGUGAGAUUUGGGGCCAGUGAGAUGGCUCGAAGCAUCCCAGGAAGAGCCCUGAAGAGUCAUGGGAGAGUUUGGAGCAUGUUGCCAUAUUGGGUUAUGGAAAUGACUUUAACUCCAGAAAGACAACUCCAUUUUUCAUGAGAAGAUGGAAGUUGUGAAAACGCCUAGGCAGGAAGUGAAUAAUGCAGAAGAACCCUUUGAAAAGGUGUCACCCCUCCUCUUGAAGAGCCUGGUGGAAGAGCCCAAGAAAAGAGAAGUGCCCAACCACCUUCUGGAAUCCAAGGUUUAUGCUAAGCUUCUGAACAAUAAAGUCAUCCAGGCCAAACCAGGCAUAGUUCAUUUUGGAGGCUACGAGAUAGAAAAACAGCACCAACAGAUUCUGUACAUCACCAACAUUUCAGAUGAAAACACACACGUUCAUAUUUUACCACCACAGACCAAAUACUUCCGGAUCACCUACGAGAAGAAGGAGCAUCACCUCAUCCCAGGCUUGUCCCUCAUGGUCACUGUUACAUUUUCUCCAGACGAGUGGCGUUACUAUUAUGACUGCAUCCGAAUUCACUGUAAGGGAGACGACACCUUGCUUGUUCCUGUUCAUGCCUACCCAGUCUUGAAUGACCUGGACUUCCCCACGUUUAUAAAUCUGUCAGACGUUCUGCUCGGAGAGAGCAAAAGCUAUGUGAUCCCCUUGCAGUGCAGCUGCCCCGUGGAUUUCGAAUUCCAUAUCACUUUGCUUCAGUCUCAUCAGGCCUUUACAAUUGAGCCAAAGUCAGGAAUAAUUCCAGCUAAUGGAAAGGCAACAGUAACUGUCAAGUUCACACCUAUCCAGUAUGGAUUGGCACAAAUAAAAACCCAGUUAUGGAUCUCACAGUUCAACUCUCAGCCAUAUGAAUGUGUCUUCACUGGAACCUGCCACCCCAACAUGGCCUUACAAUUAGAAGAGUUUAAAAGAGUAAAUACUCGUUCUAAGAAACUAAAUGUUCCUCUAGAAAAAACAGCAUAUAUACAAUUUUACCCAGCUCCGGCCAAGGCAAAGCCGCACAAGUUGAAGGAAAUUGAGUACCAGGACCUGCGAUUUCCAACAGAUUUGUCAAAUCCAUUCGCCGUGGCAACAGUCCUAAACCAAGAACCAGGAAAGAUGAAGAUCAAGGAAUUAAAACAAGUCCUGGACCAAUGUGAUGAAUUCUCAAAAACCAGACAGAUGAAGGAGGCGCUCUUCGAGCAGAAAGUCAGACAGGACACCCUGGAAGAGAGCAAGAAUCAUCUUAAAUGGCAGGUGCACCGUGGCAAAGAUCAAACAACUUUUAAGUUUAGAAAAGAGCUCAAUGAUGAACGGAGAAAAGCAUAUGAGAAGUACCAGCAAAAGAGAGACAACCCUGUCAAGGAGGUGGAGUUUCAACGACUCAGGACUGAGCAGAAGAACAAGCGGGUCGUCCGCAACUUGGAGGAGAAAGUCCAGGAAUUUCACCCUAAUUUUGACCCACUAGUUAACAACAUGUGGCUCAGCAGAUUCCGGGCACAAAGACGGUUUCAGCAAGCGGCGCGCAAGGUCAUGCUGGAACGAAGGUUGCUCCUUAUGCUGGGGGCUGUCCGAGAGAUGGACAAAGAGGACAUCAUAAGAAAGCUGGCCCAAGCCAAUCGCUCACUAGCCCACGGUGAGAACCCCUUCAGGUCCCUGCAGAUCCUAAUGAGUCAGGAUGACUACCCCUGGCACUACUCCGUGCGGCCCGAGGACGUGCUGCCCUUCGCCUUCCCGAUAGACUCUCAGAGCUACAACGAGAUGACUCUUGAUGGCCUUGGACUAAUCCCAGUUAAACCUUCAGAUGUUCAAAUCAGGCACAGUUAUCCCUACUUCAGUUUAAAGGUUCCUCAGUUAUACAAAAUCAAGGGCUAUCAGCCAUUUUCUGUCAACAAGUCCGCAACAUGUCACAAACUUCAGAAGCUUGCUCGGCCCCUGAAGCAAGGUGCUGAGGAUGAAGUCACCAUCAUAGCUCUACCUAAGCAGACCACCACACAGCUCUCGGCAAAGCCCAACCUCUUGAACAUGAAACCACCCAGUGGCUUAGCCAUGUCUGUAGAAUAUGAUCCUUUGUAUAUUUUUAACCCCAACCCAGGACUGUUUGCUGUGAAGCACCCUCUGACUUAUGCAGAAACUCUGAUAGACUACCAUCUGUGCUCUCACCCCAAGUACAAGUUCACUCAGGAGACCCACGUAGGAUCCAGCAUUCCUGUUACCCAAAAACACUUUCUCCAUCAUAAGGAUAUAAUUCCUGGAACCAUGAACUGGAAGAAGUUCCAGCCCCUGGUGUUCUCCUCCUUCUCUGACUCCCCAAGGACGGAAACCACUCAGAGAAAUGACUGGUACAGUUCCCUGAUGCUACCCACAGAUGUCCCUACCCUGCUAGAAGCCUUACCCGAAGAAGACAGAUUGGAAAGUACUGAGCGAGAUCUCUGUGAGCAGGGCAUAGAAUUCACGCUGACGCCAGAAAUGAUCCAAGCCGAAUUCCCCAUGGUGAACAAAGAAGCCAAGAAAGAGAAGGAUGUCAAAGACCAAGCCCAGCCCUCAGAGAAGGCGGGAGAAAGGGUGCUGGAGGAGAUGAAGGCUCUGCAGAACAAAGCUCUCAACACAUACUUGAUUCUAGAAUAAAAGCCUGUUCAAGUCAGUUGCCCAUCUCUGCCUUCAAAGGUCACUGAGGUCCGCUGAGUCCAUUUACAUUCAAGAUAUUUUCAGAAUUAAAGUUUCUAAUGACAAGAAUUGAAAGGCAGAUGCCUUGUUUGUAAAUUAUAUUUUUUUC